AACCAAUGACUUCACGAGAAGCUGCCCAUCUUGAGCACUAAAAGAAUGAGAACCAGCAAGGGAAACCGAGUUAAAGAUGGUGAAAUGUACUACUUGCCUCUUGCUGAACUAGCCACUGGGGAGAAAGGAACUGCUGGAAAUAAAACUGAUGAUGUCUUGGGAGAAACACUGCUACUACUACCAACAGCAGCAGCAGAAAUAAAUGAGAAGACAGACUCCUUGACUAACUCAGGAACCUCUUCUACCUCACGCUUAACACAUAAGUAUAUGGUCGAAUACAUCUUCCUUUUAUCUGUACCCAACAGCCAUCUGCUUCAAACAACUAUGUCAUUAAAGCUACAAAAAUUUCACAGUCUCACAAGGUGUUUCAAACUAAAGAGAGUUUGA